GCUUCCCGGCAGGCCGCGCGUCGCCCGCCCCCGGCCCCGGCCCGUCCGGCCCGCUCCGCCCCCGGUCCCGGCCCCGGUCCGCCCCGUCCGGUGGGGCGACUAGCCGCAUGGAGGCCGGCUGAGGAGCGCCGCCCCGCCUCGGCUGCACUCAUCGGUGUCAGGACCUGCUACCCAGCCAUGGAGGGAGAGGAGGGGCAGGACCAGCCACCGCAGGAGGCCGACUUGGAACCUCUUGUGACAGUGGGGGCUUCAGAGGUGGUGCCCAGGGUGCUUUCUGGAGAAUCCCAGAACCUGUCCGACGCGGACGCGCUGAGCCUUCUCCUGGAGAUGAAGCUGAGGAGACGGCGAGAGCGGCCCAGCCUGCCGCGCACAGUGACCGAGCUGGUGGCUGAGGACGGGAGCAGGGUGUACGUGGUGGGCACAGCCCACUUCAGUGACGACAGCAAGAAGGACGUGGCGAAGACUAUCCGGGAGGUGCAGCCCGACGUGGUGGUGGUGGAGCUCUGCCAGUACCGCGUGUCCAUGCUGAAGAUGGACGAGAGCACGCUGCUCCAGGAGGCCAAGGAGAUCAGCCUGGAGAAGCUGCAGCAGGCCGUGAGGCAGAAUGGGGUCAUGUCCGGACUCAUGCAGAUGCUGCUGCUGAAAGUGUCGGCCCACAUCACCGAGCAGCUGGGCAUGGCUCCUGGUGGCGAGUUCAGGGAGGCCUUCAAGGAGGCCAGCAAGGUGCCUUUCUGCAAGUUCCACCUGGGCGACCGGCCCAUCCCCGUCACCUUCAAGAGGGCCAUCGCGGCACUGUCCUUCUGGCAGAAGGUGAAGCUGGCCUGGGGCCUGUGCUUCCUGUCAGACCCCAUCAGCAAGGACGACGUGGAGCGCUGCAAGCAGAAGGACCUGCUGGAGCAGAUGAUGGCGGAGAUGAUCGGCGAGUUUCCCGACCUGCACCGCACCAUCGUCUCGGAGCGUGACGUCUACCUGACCUACAUGCUCAGACAGGCUGCCCGGCGCCUCGAGCUGCCGCGCUCCUCUGACGCCGAGCCCAGGAAGUGUGUCCCCUCCGUGGUGGUGGGUGUCGUGGGCAUGGGCCAUGUCCCGGGCAUCGAGAAGAACUGGACCACGGACCUCAACAUCCAGGAGAUCAUGACCGUCCCCCCGCCGUCCAUCUCCGGCAGAGUGUCCCGGCUGGCCGUGAAGGCCGCCUUCUUGGGCCUGCUGGGCUACGGCCUCUACUGGAUGGGACGCCGCGCCACCAGCCUGGUCCUGUCGCUGCCCGUCGCUCAGUACUGUCUGCAGAGGGCGUCCGCGGCCCGGCCGCACAAAUAGGAAGGACGCGCAUGCGGCAGCCCGUGUCGCAGCAGCUGCGGGGUGCUGGGGCCGGUCCCCCCGAGGAGCUCCUGGGUGCCACCCCCCGUGGGGGUCCAGGCCCAGCCACACCUGCCCUCCCCACCCGCCCAAAUAAAGAAUUAUUUAACUCCUCUGAGCUCAGGCUUCCCAGCAACCCCCUCCCACCCCCAUCCCCGACCCUGCAGGGACCACUCACGGGGUCACGGGGUUCGCGGGCAUCAGGACGAGCUGGCAGGGGAGGGGCCGAGGUGGGCACGGCCAGCCCUCCCCGACCUCACUGUGCCUUCUCGUGCGCUGGCAGCAGGAGCCCCGGCCCGGGAGCAACUCGCAGUGGGUUCUGGGCCGUCGGGUUCCCAGCCGGCCUGUUUGGGAAGGGCCAGAGCAGCUCUGUGGUGGCUUCUGGGAGCAUUCCUCCCAAAAGGGCAGCUGGGCCGAGCUCGGUAGCCAUGGACGUGCACCAGCACUGGCUCUGCCUACAGAGAUCGUGUGUUUUUGGCUUUUAAAAAUGUCGAAAUUUUUUUACUCAGGUAAUUUUAACUUAAAACAAACUGAAGCAAAUGUCAGGAAAUACUAGCCUUAAAUCUGAUGGGGACACAGAGGAUGUCUUGGUGGGUGUGGGGGACUCAGUCCUAAACAGGUGAGCCUGGGGAAGAGUUGGCUUUAGUGGCAGGGCCAGGCCGGCCUCCAGAUGCUGCCCCCACAGCUGUCCCCUUGGUCAGCCGCUGGCUGGCGGGGCAUCCAGUGCUGCGGCCCCCGGGCGUGAGCCUCCCCCUGGCCGUGGAGGGUCGCACCUGCUUCCCGUGCCGCACCCUCAGUGGGCAGAGGGCGCGUGUCCGCCAGGGCCCACCAGUGGGCACACGUGCCAGCAGGCACCCACCACCAUCCCGCGGCCCCGCACGGGGCGUCCACCGCGGGCAUCUCCCCUGUGCGUCGUCACCGCUCCUGGUCGUGUGUCUGUGACGGCAUCUGUGUGGCCCACCUGGGGCCCAGGGUCCUGCUCGAUUGUGUUUGUGUUGACUCAGUGUCUGACAAAAUCAGGUGAAACCCACGGCCGUGAACUGGGCUGGACCGUGUUCUUCCUGUCACAUACACGUGUGUACACGUUCCUUAGAAACUGAAAUAAAGUCUAAUUUUGGAA